AUGGCUAAUAGAAGACUAACAGACAUCCUCGAACAGCGCCAACUCUUGGACAAUCGUCAACACGCCUUCCGGAAGGGGAAGGGCACCGGGUCUUACCUGGCAUCCCUGGGAGAGACCCUCGAACAGGCCAGAAGGGACGGCCUCCACGCGGACAUCGCAGCCCUAGACAUCGAAAAAGCAUACAACACCGUAUGGCGUGAGGGUAUCCUCCGCCAACUCCACCGCUGGGGGAUCGGAGGAAACCUCGGCGCCUAUAUCCAGCGUUUCCUCCAAGACCGCAGGUUCCGGGUUGGAAUUGGCGGUAGCGAAUCCGGAGUGUACGUGGAAGAAAACGGAGUACCCCAGGGGUCCGUACUCGCGGUCACCCUAUUCCUCAUCUCUAUGAACACCAUAUUCGCCACCCUCCCCAAGGGGGUCUUCAUCUUCGUGUAUGCUGACGACAUUGUACUAGUCGUAACCGGAAGAACCAGAGGUAGAACGCGAAUCAAACUCCAGGCUGCCGUCAAUGCCGUGUCCAAAUGGGCAACUGGAAUCGGCUUCCGACUAUCGAUCAGCAAGAGCUUCUACACCCACAUCUGCGACUCUUUCCACCGUGCCACCGACCGUCCGAUCCGCAUCGCCGACACCCCGAUCACAUACAGAAAGGAACCGACCAUCCUCGGGGUCACAUUAGACCGCAAAACCACCUUCGCCCCCCAUUUCCGGAGGAUAAAAGCCGAAUGCGCCAACCGUAAACGCCUAGUACAGACAAUAGUCGCCAGGCACCCUAAAUGCAACAGGGACAUCGCACUGAGGGUUGGCGAAGCCCUUAUUUAUAGCCGAAUCUUCUACGGAGUUGAGAUAACCGGGAAAAACAUCGCAGGCAUCAACAACAUCUUAGCCCCGCUCUACCACGGAUCCAUCCGGAGCGCAUCCAAACUCCUGCCCAGCACACCAGCAGAAAGCGCAUGUGUAGAGGCUGGCGUACUCCCAUUCCGUUGGAGAAUCGCCCUCGUCAUCUUCCGGCGCGCACUAGGCGUACUUGAGAAGACAUACGGAAACGACGAAUCUGCGACACUCCAAACAGCCCAGGAUAUAUACUUGGAGUUCACUGGAACCGCCCUACCCCCACUCGCCCGGCUGCACCGGGUUUGGCCUCGCCCCUGGAAUGCACAACCCAUCCUGAUCGACACAUCCCUGUCCAGAACCCUCAGGGCCGGAGGAGCACCAGAAAUUGCACAGGCAACAUACAACCAGCUGGUAGCACGGCGCUACUCCUCCCACACACGCAUAUUCACCGACGGCUCAAAGAGGGACGGGGAGGUGGGAGUCGGUGUUAGCAACGGCCCAACCGGCUCCUCCUUCCGGCUCCCGACCCAAUGCUCGGUGUUCUCGGCCGAAGCAGCAGCCAUCGCUCUGGCCCUUGCCCGAAGACCUUCCGACUCUGCAACCACCAUCUUCACCGACUCGCUCUCGGUUCUUCGCGCCCUCGAGAACGGCCAGUCCCGCCACCCCUUUGUACAGGCCAUCGAAGAGGAUAUCGACUCUCUCACCACCCUCUGCUGGAUCCCCGGACAUUGUGGCAUAAAGGGGAAUGCCGAGGCUGACUCCCUCGCAACCCGGGGUAGGACAGCGAGGAAAGUGUUAACCAAGGAGGUCCCAUCGCAGGACAUUGUUCGCCACUUCACCCAGGCCAUCUACAAUCACUUCGCCCAACACUGGCGAACUUCUAGAGGUCAUAUGCAGAAAAUCAAGGGAACUCCCGCCAAGUGGGAUGACAGGGACAGCUGGAAGGAGCAAAGGGUCCUUUCGCGGCUCCGGACCGGACACACCAAAAUUUCCCAUGAGCAUACCGUCGCCAACGCACCCGUUCCCUCCUGCACCACAUGCGGGACUCGGAAAUCAGUCGAGCACCUGCUCAUAAACUGCAUCGAGCUACAAGAUCUUCGAGCAAUGCAUGACCUACCACUCUCCAUCCGCGACGCACUUUCUAACGACCCUGUGAGAGAGGAGGUCAUGCUCAACUUCUUAAAAGACUCAGGACUUUACGAACUCAUCUAG